CCUUGCCACUUUUGACUUUGACUACCUAUACUUAUACUCUUCUCCUUUUAACAUAGGAAAUAAAAAAAAACAACAACAGGUACAAAUGAAAUCGCUAUAUGACAGACAUCAUGACAUGAAGUUGACGAUUGCGGCAGGAGCUUGUUUACAUACCUACCUAUUUGUCACUAAUCGCUAUCGCUAUCUUUUUUUUUUCCUAAUGUUAAAAGGAGAAGAGUAAAGUCAAAGUCAAAAGUGGAAAGGAUAGUAAUAAGGGCGCUUUCUUUUAUUCAGCGGUGGAUCCAUCAGUAAUCAGCCUUUCUUUGUCUAGCUCAUAGAAAAUAGGAAUGUUUGUCUUAUUAUGAUGGCAGCAGAUGGAUGCAUUGCUGAAUAAAAGAACGCGCCCUAAUUUUCGUUGCGGAAGAGUAUUUUUUAAAAAGUUUUUAAUUGAUAUCUUGAAAACUGUUGGGUAUUGAACAUUAGCGCAAUGAUCACUUUUGUUAAGGACGACUCCCUAUACACAAUAUCAAAAAUUCAGCAAAAUUCCACAUAGAUCACUUUUCCAUAAGAAAUGUGCGGGGUCCUUUUUCAAAUGUCGAUAAUGCAGAAACCUGCAUUCGUAAAAAAAAAGAAAUCUUCAAGACUGUCAUGUCAAGAGACCAGCAACAUAACCCUAUUUCCUGCAUAAACGUUUUGUUUACAUUUUCGAUUAUCACCUGAGAAAAGCAAAAUUAACAAUGUCUUUGGCCGACGAGCUUUUAGCAGAUCUCGAAGAAAACGAGCAUGAAGACGAAGAAGAAGACGAAGACGAGCCUAUGGAACCCCAAGCGGAAGAAAUUGAGGAAAAAGAGCAGAAACCCGAUAUAAAGCAACUGCAAAUGGAAAUUGACACUACACAGAUUCAUUCAGUCAGAGAAUUAUGCAAACUACUAGACUCUGAGAAGCUCCAAAGCAUAAUAAAACAAAUCGAAAACUACGGCACCAAAGUGCGAAAAGCAACCGAAAUUGUUGGACCAGUCGAAUCAGACCCCGAAUACCAACUAAUUGUAGAAGCAAACGAUCUCGCUGCAGAUAUUGACAAUGAAAUUGUAACAGUUCACAAAUUUGUCAGAGACAAAUACCAAAAAAGAUUCCCUGAACUAGACUCUCUUGUUGUUAGUCCUCUAGAAUACGUAAGGACAGUGAAAGAAUUGGGAAAUGAUUUAGAUCAAGCCAAAAACAAUGAAACCUUGCAAACAUUUCUCACUCAAGCUACAAUAAUGGUUGUAUCUGUAACAGCUUCAACAACCCAAGGAACCUUACUAUCAAAAUUUGAAAAAGAACAAAUCAAUGAAGGUUGCGAUAUGGCAAUAGAGCUCAACAACUCAAAACUAAAAAUCUAUGAGUAUGUUGAAAGUAGAAUGACAUUUAUAGCUCCAAAUAUAACCAUUAUCCUUGGAGCUUCAAUAGCAGCCAAAAUAAUGGGGGUUGCAGGAGGAUUGACCAGACUAUCAAAAAUACCUGCUUGUAAUGUUUUAUUGCUGGGCCAGCAAAAAAAAAGUUUGUCUGGGUUCAGUCAGGUGGCAAUGCUACCUCAUACAGGCUUUGUUUAUUACUGCGAAAUUGUACAAAACACUCCAGCAGAUUUGAGAAGAAAAGCUGCAAGAUUGGUUGCUACUAAAUGUACUUUGGCCGCAAGGGUAGAUGCUUGCCAUGAAAGUUCUGAUGGUAAAAUAGGGAGGAUGUUAAGAGAUGAAGUCGAAAGAAAAUUAGAUAAACUUCUAGAGCCUCCUCCAGUCAAGUUUAUUAAGCCUUUGCCCAAGCCUAUAGAUCAACCUAAAAAAAAGAGGGGUGGCAAAAGAGUGAGGAAAAUGAAAGAGCGAUAUGCUUUGACUGAAUUUAGAAAACAUGCUAACAGGAUGAACUUUGCUGAUAUUGAAGAUGAUGCUUAUCAAGAGGAUUUGGGCUACACUAGAGGCACUAUAGGCAAAGCAGGCACAGGCAGAAUAAGGCUGCCUCAAGUUGAUGAAAAAACCAAAGUCAGGAUAUCAAAGACGUUGCAAAAAAACCUUCAAAAGCAACAGAUAUGGGGUGGAAGUACUACAGUGAAAAAGCAAAUUUCUGGUACAGCUUCCAGUGUGGCUUUCACUCCAUUGCAGGGUUUGGAAAUUGUUAAUCCUCAAGCGGCGGAAACAAAUGUCAGUGAAGCCAAGUACUUUUCGAAUACUUCUGGUUUUUUGAAAUUGGAUAAGAAAUAGUUUAUUUUUAAGGUUUUAUAGGUAUUAAGAAAUGAAUGUUGUUGUGAAUAAAAAAUCUAUUCCAGGC